CGCUACCCCGCUCUGUUCAGAGUAGGUGCUAGUGGUUGGGGCGUAUUUGCUUAUGUCCUUCCAUUGCUAUCGCUCCUAUGGCGUAUAGUCUUUUUAAACGUCAUAUAACAAUAUGAAGUUUUUCUUCUGCAAUGUCAAGUGACUUCAGAAGUGCGAUGAUUCAGGUAAUCGCUCAGCUCUGUGGUCAAGUUGGCUUCGAACAAAUCACGGAAGCCUCACUUGAGUUGUUAAUUAGCGUUGUGGAAGCGUAUUUCCUCUCAUUAGUAAGGAAUGUAUAUACUAUUACGGCCUCAGGUAUCCAUAUUUUCCGUUGAUAUUUUUCCAGACGAUUAUGCGCGGGUUGCAGAUGGACUUCUAGCUUUGCGUUUGAUGGGUCAAACGCCGCAGGGCUUUGCCAAGUUUGUCAUAGAGAACAAUCAGUUUUUUACUCGAGCGCCUACUAUGACAUGUGGGCCGGUUUACGGAAAGUCAUGUUUAAAUAUCCCACCUGAAGAUCAUCCUGAAUUAGAAGAGCGUCCACCCUUCAUCCCUCGCCAUUUGCCUCUAAAUUAUCGCGAGGACUUUGGGAGUCAAACAUCUCAGGCAGAACCAAGCAUCAAAGAAUUUACUUUCAAUACUUGCUUAUCUCCUUCCUCACCCAACACGGUAUCUACUAGUUCCAAUUGUCUUACUGGUGCAACCAGUACUUCUGUAACAACUGUUGCUCGUACACUUCCUGAAUGGGCCAGCAGAUCUACAUAUCGUAUGACAUGUGUUUCAGUUGAUCCUCUAACUAAGUGCUUGGUGGAGCAUUGUCCUCCAUGGAAAGCCUCUGAUGUUUUGUCGGAGUCACCAAUUCCGGACAAUUAUGUGGGUUCGACAAAUAGUUACUUUUCAUCUAUCUCAAAAAGAGAACUUGCAUACGACUCAACGCCAGAAGAUAACAAAAAUCCGUAUAAGUCUCCAUCAUCACCUGCAAAACAGUGUGGUGCUAGCGAUGCACAAUGGGCAGCUGCUCUACAAGCUACUCCAUCGACACAGCAACCGAAACGAAUCGUCUAUACUCCAAGUCGUUUUGAUCCUAGUUCCACACCAUCUUGGACGCAUAUUAGACGAGCAGCGAAUUCAUCACGUACACCGUUGUUUGUUAAACAGCCUAUUGGGAUAGAUUCACGGUAUAAACGGCAAGCUUCCUCACUUGCUUAUUCUGCAGCUCCGAAGAUUCCGAGACUAUCUACUGGACGUCGAGCAAACAGGUGUUCUAAGUUUGGUCGAGGUCGACCAAGUAAACUAUCAAGGCAACGUAUUUCAAAAUCAAGUAGAUCAAAUUCUCCUGUCACAGAACAACAUUCAGAUAAUACUAAUUCAAUAGAAAAAACACUGAAUCCGACAAGUGGACAUUCCGAUUUCAAAGAAGAUAUUAUCAACACAGAACUUUCUCCGCUAGAUUCCGAUAUUUCUACCUUGUCGAAUACAAUAAAUUCGCCUAAAUCUUCGGAAGAAACAUCCGUAACCUUACCAGAGAAAGCCACUGAUGAUAGUUCUAUGGCACCUAAAGUAGAUCCAGGAGAUGAAAAACAAACUGUAUGGAAUGGAAAAGAUUAUCCCGAUCAUGAUUCACCAUGCACUCCUCCAUUACGGAAUCCUGUAAAUAGUGAUUGCCUGAUAACAUCUACUGAUGUAUUAUCAUCUAGUUUAGUUACUUCACCGAAGCGACUGGAGAAUCGCAUGAAAUCUGUUGAUAUUGAACUAUCUGACUUGAAGGUUUUGAACAUUUCGGAAAAAAGUACUUCAUCAGGAACUCAAAACAGUGUACGACUUAAACCACACCAAUUUAGACGGAAAGCUCGUGGACGAAGAAGAGAUAAGUGUAGAGUUUCAGCAUUUAAUAGUUUAUUUCAAAAUCCUUUGCGGAAGUGUUCAGAUCCACUUUCCAUCAAGUUACAGAAUCGUUCUUUCCAAACUGUUCAAAGUCUCGAACGUAUACCUAAGGUUGAAAAUAACGUAAAUGAUCACCAAACUGUUGCAGUCGUUUCAGAUAACCCUUUAAAGAGUUCUCGACCGACUCGGUCAGUACAUAAAAUGGGAAGGCGUACAGGGCUAAACGCAGAUGCUCCUCAUGAUUCUCUAAAAAAUGAACCUACCAUCACACAGUCUUCUUCCAAUGUAAAAAUGGAAACUAUCUGCUCCCCAGCAUCAGAUACAACUGAACCCAUGACAUUUAGUGAAAGAGCAGAACUUCUUAGAAUUCUCUCUAUAGAUACUAGUUAUGUGAGGGACACAUCAUCAACCACCUUAAAUGUCGUUUCCAAUAAUCACUUUUUGAAGUCAGAGAAUUCGGUAUUUAACAAAGAAAGCUUUGGUAAAUUGCAACAGCAUGCAUCAAUUACUUUAAGAUCAUUACCUUCUUCUCCGUCAUCUCUUGAUUCCUCCCUCUCCUCUUCUUCUUCUACUUCAAAAUCUUCACCCGAAGAACCACUGCUUUUAAAGUCAGAAAUGAAUGACGUGAAAGGUUGUGAUAAUUACGGAGGUGACAUUUCUCAAGGUGUAAAUAAGUCCUUAUUUUCAAGUUCCUGUAUUCAGAAAACUGUCAAUGCAAAUCUAUCUCCUGUAGAUUUUUCAGAUUCCAAAAAAACCUCUCCGGCCACUUCUUGCAAUAAUAAAAUACAUACUACUCAUAAUGUCUCUCCACCGGUGGAUGCAUUAGGAGUUGGACCACCACCUCUCCUUCCUUUAUCUAGUAAAUCGGCCGAUGAAAAGCGAUGUUCUUCCUCUUUGUUUUCAAUAUCCACUGAAAGUGAUCAUAUCGCGACACUUCCUCCUACCUUGAUGUCUUCCAGACAGUCGGAGCUAGUGUCGACUUCCAGCAGUUGCUUCUUUACAAAUUCACAGCCAUUGUCAUCUAAGCAAAUCAGCGAUAAAAAUGGGGGAUUACGUAUUACAAUUAAACUAGGCGGCGGGACAUUAAACGAAGAACAUCUUGCUUCAUCUCUUUCCCCUUCAUCUUCUUCUUCCUUAUCCUCAUCAGAGUCAACUUCAGGAGAUGAAGACAAUUCAACAACUCAUUACAUACAGUCACAAAGUUCAACCCAGAUAUUCAAAAGGGAACUAAAUGAAAAUAUUGUUUUGAACCCAGUGGAUAAGGACAGACCAAGUAGCCAUUCUGCAUCACUGUCUCAGUCGACAACAUUUACAGAAAAAACACCAAAGCUUGUUAUUCGCCUCGGGAAUGGUCCAACCGCAGCAUCUCAGUCACAGACUAUUGCACCUACACAUAUUCAGUCGGUUAGUCAAAAUCUGACAAAUUAUUCAGAAAAUCCCACUUCAGUUAUCGACAAGAAGCAUUCAAGUUCUUUAAUAACCCCACCACCUCCUUUACAAUUGACCAUCUCUCGCGAUAGACUAAAAUAUAGAGGCCGCACUGCUUCACAAGGUAGCGAUUCAAAUGCAUCAAAUUCGAGUUCAACAAUUACAGGAAGUCUUUCAAGUAGUGAAGAAGAAGUAGUUGUUCAUCCUCACAUUAGUCCUACGGGGACUGGGAGUUUACCACCGCCUCCUUCUUUGGAACGCUUGCCACCUCGACCAGCUCACGGUGGUUUCCUAACGAAUAAACCUACCACUCAAAGACAUUCAAUUCAUCAUUCUCAGUUGCCACCUCCAUCCCUAACAAGCAGUAUAAACAAAUCAGACAGUAUUUCGCCUUUAAAACAGAUGGUUUCACCAGGCACAGUUAUAUCAAAUGGUCCUAAUCCUACCGCUACUCAUUGUCACCUCCCACCUCUUCUUCCGUUAUUUUCUUCGAUUUCGGAACAAAUAGAGUCUGUCUCACAGUCAUCUAAGUCAAUUCCAGUUUCAACAGAACAGUCUUCACAUAGUGACAAUUCAAAAUCAACUUCACGUCUCGGUGACAGGAGAAAACGAAGGCUUACUGAUCAAGAUUCUCGUUUGCCUCUAGCCAAGCGAAAAACAUUGAUCCAGUCUUCUGCAGUUCAUUCACCAAAAACUGAAUCAAUUGUUAAGAGACCACGUGCAACAGUGGAUUCUGUUUUUACAGAUGAUGAAAGUGAUGCUAAAAACGAAGAAAAAUCUCUGUUAUCACUUACAGCUUCAUGUUCAAAUGACUCAGUUAAUAACCAAAAAUCCUUUCGUCCAUCUAACAGCCAAAAUAUGUAUAUAUCUAAUCCCCCUGCAAAUUCCUUAGCUCCCUCUCUUAAUUCUACUCUAUCUCCUUUGAAAACUCAACCACGAACAAAACACACUGGUUUGUAUAACAAGAAGUCUUUAUAUCGUCCUGCUACCAAAUCAUCGUCUCAUACCAGUAGUACGAAAAGUUCUGUAUCACUUAAAAGUGGGAAAGUUCGUGGCCGAUCCAAACUCAUACCCGCGUCACCAACCAAAACUCCAUCAAGUAUUAACAUCUCUUCCAAAAUAGUUCAACGUGAAUCUGCUUCACAAAUCGUUGUUGAAUCUGCUGGCAGCUCAUAUUAUUUUAAUAAUGAUGGUGAGCAAAUAUGGUUAUGUCCUAUUUGUUUACUGGAAGAUGAUGGCAAUUUGAUGAUUGGCUGUGAUAAUUGUCAAGAUUGGUACCAUAGGUAAGUUAAAUUAAAUAGUCAUAAUGAUUAUCUGUCAUUAAAUAGUGAAGAUUUCCACUCUUUUGGUUAUAAUGAGUAACACGGAUACAGAGUUCACACGUUUACAAUUUUCUAUCGAAGGAAUUUCUAAAAACUCAGGAAAUUCAAUAGUUAGUUUUAGGUGUUUCUCAGUUUCCUUUUUUGAUUGACAAUGUUUAUUUGUUCAGUUCAUCUAUCAGAAAAUUUGAUGCGACCUAUAAUCUCAGUGUGAAACAGUUUCCAUAUUAUGAGCUUUAGAACCAUUUGUUAAAACAGCCCACUGGUGGUUAUUCUGGCGCUCUAUUUAUAAACUUGUGUAAGAAACUUUAGGUUUGCUUGAGAAGAGGUGAAAUAUGUAUAAAUUUGUAUAUGUCCACCUGUUACCCGUAUUAACUCUGAGAUUACUGCAGAUUAUGUGGAUCAUAUCUUGGAGAUAUGCUCAGAACUUAAACUAUUCUUGUGGAAGGAACAUCGGUCCAGUGAUUACGUAUAUACUACAUUGUCUCUCUCGCUGUUUAACGUCAAUAAUCUGAUUCAUUACAUGGCAAUUAUUCACUGACAAGAUCGAUGUAAGCUGAACUCGUGCUCUUUCGUAUUUACUUGCCUGGAUUUUGAUAAUGUUCGCGCUUAUGUUAAACUGAACUUCCUUUCAUUAAUGAACAAUUUUUUCAUCUUCAAACAAUUGUAGUUGUAAAACUAGUUUUCAGCUGAAUGGGAAGUGCAGACGAUAAUCUUCUCUGCUCCACUUACAGGGCACCGUGAAUCUAGUUUAAAUUUGCUGGUGGCUUUGUUAAUCAAUGAGCUUUAUUUUGCAACGUUUCUGUGUUUACGAUUUUUCAAUAACCGACAAGCUCAUUAACGCUCAGAAAAGUCCUCUGAUUUAAGUCAGUUUCGUUAGUCAUCAUAUCACAUAAGCUCUAUAAAUCAUAUUAAGUGAUAGAGUUGCUAGACAAAACACUGAAUCUCGUUGUGACUCGUCCACUGCGCUAUCUACUUCGACAAAGUCAAAUAGCUCAACCAAGUUAAGUUUCCGAAAAAAAUUAAGUAAUAAGACUGUACCAAGCGAUACUAGGUGUGCGCAAUUUUCCUGUCAGCAUUCAAAACACUACUAAGUCUACUACCUAUAAUAUCUGGAAUAUAGGCUGGGUAUCAAUAUUUCAGAAUAUUCGGGUCCUAUGAAUAACUAACAAGGAAUUAGACGCUUUUCAUUGGCAUGCCUCAUUCGAAAUUCCACCUGAUAUUUGAUCUUGGACUCGAAUGUACACAAGAACGUGAUGUGUCUGGAUUCGCCCAGAGUAUGAACAUCCUUUUUAUUUUCUCAGAAUAUCCAACUGUAAUUUCUCGAGGAAAGGUUGUUACUAAUGAAGUGUGCUUAUAUCACUAUGAUCUCUAAAAAACAUACAGAGGCAGCAUUUAGACUGUUAUUGAAGUUUUUGUGAUAUGAUUAGGUACCAGUAAACUUUACAUAAAUGUGUCUCCACUUGUGCCAUCUACUGACCAUUAUUUUAUAUAGCUUGUAAGUUGUCAUACAUUUCCAUACCUUGUUCAAUCCUCAUAAAAUUUACCGAAUGACCAGAAACCUAUAGAUGUGACUGAUAGUUUGCUUCUUGAUGAUCGCGCAAAUGUAGGUAGUGUUUUGUAUUUAACCUAACUUAACAGACUUAAUUUGUAUGACUACAUUUUAGCCUGUAUUUAUACUGAUUACGAAGCUCCAGAUACCUAACAAAAUGAAGUCCUUUUAAAUCCCUUAUUGCUCGAUUAGUUUUGAUUGAAGUUUACCCGAAUCUUUUCAGUCAUAUUCGUACAUUUUUGUUUGUGAAAGAGUAUUUUUAACGUAGUAAAUUUGGUCAACUCUUCGUAAUCACCUUGUGAAUUUUCCUCAUUUCCAUUCAAACCUUUAAAGUCAAUAUUUUUAUUUGCUGUUUACCUUUUUCUUGUUUUUUUCUUAAAGUACAUGUUUAGGACUUUCCAAGGCUCCUGAAGUUCCUCAAUGGUUUUGUCCGAAAUGUUCACAAAAACCAUUACCACCAAAUACGCUUAUAAAAUUGGCAAGUAAAGAUUCCGUUCCUCAUCUUACAAAAGGCAGCUCACGUGGUUCUGUAACCACUCACCCUAACGUUACGCACUCUAAACGUGAAUCAGGGUCUAGAAAUCCAAAACACAAACCCAAACGAUGAUCAUAUCAUUAUUUUCAACAAUCGUUUCAACCACUAGCUGCCUUUUAUAGUUUUUUGCUCUUUGUACAUAGUUGUAUAUUACAUCCAGAUAAAAAAUAAUUUUUGCUGAUUUUUACUGUUGGACUUGUAAUUAAUUAAAAUUUGAUCAAAAACUAAAUCAUUUUUGAAUUACUGUGCACUGUUUUCUAAAACGUUAAUAAAAAUCCAAUAUCUGAAGUAAAUAGUGGUUUAUUGUGUGGAAAAUUGUAAGUUGUAGAUCACUGUAGUUGUACUGUGUUUAAUUGAUAUGAAUCUGAAGUUUUCUAAAUUCUGUUGUAAUCGGUAAAGUGCACAGUGUAAUUUACUUCAUAAAGCUUAUUUCUUUUUGUU